AUGUCGAACGAGAUCCCUGGACCCCCCGGUGUACCGCUGCUAGGUAACAUCUUUGAUGUCAACCCCAACGAGACCUGGAACUCGCUGAUCAAGCUAUCCAAGCAAUAUGGCCCUAUCUUCAAGAUCAAUGCCCUCGGCCACCAGAUCGUUUUCGUCGGUAGCGUCGCUCUUCUCGAGGAAAUCUGCGACCAGAAGCGCUUCCGCAAGUGCGUGACCGGUCCUGUCGUUGCUAUCCGAGAUGCGGUGCACGACAGUCUAUUUACUGCCUACGAUAGCGAGUCGAGCUGGGGAAUUGCCCACCGCAUCAUGGCGCCUUAUGUCACCCAACAAGCGACCGAAGAGGUUUACAAGGAUAUGAUGGAGGUUGUUCCGGACCUGACCAAGAAGUGGUCCUCCACCCAGAAGCAAAAGGUUCUGGCGUCUCGGGAUCUGGAUGCGAUCCUGGUGGCAUCUUGCAACAAGUGCUUCUUCAACCAGCGCUACUAUGCUUUGGAUAAGGACUCAAAGAAGACACUCGGCAUGGUCGAUGCCUUCGAGGGUGCUACCAUGGAGGCGAUGAAGCGGCCCACUCGCCCCAAGCUCCUGAACCUGUUGUACCAGAGCAAGUUCUCCGGCCAGAUCAAGCAUAUGCGCUCAUACUGCGCGGAGAUCAUGAAGAGUCGCAAGGAGAACCCUGAGCAGGUCCGCAAGGAUCUCUUGGAUGCCAUGCUCAACAACACCGACCCCGAGUCCGGCGAGAAGCUCAAGGACUCCCAGGUGAUCGACGAGAUCAUCUCCAUGUACAUCGGUGCCGCAACCGCCGCCAACCUCCUCUCCUACGCCCUGUACUACCUAAUCAAGAACCCCGAGGCCAACAAGAAGGCCUGCGAGGAGAUCGACAGCAUUGUCGGUGACAGCAGCGAAAUUCAACUUGACCAAUUGAAGCAGCUCCACUACGUCGAGGCCUGUCUGCGCGAAUCUAUCCGUCUAUCCGCCACCGCUCCGGGUUUCAACAUCGAGCCCAUUCCCUCAGAAAGCAAGGCCCCCAUCAUGCUCGCUGGCGGUGAGUAUCAAAUCCCGCACAACCAGCCCAUGAUUGCGAUUCUGAACGCUGUCAACCGCGACCCGGCUGUCUUUGGCGAGGAUGCGGAGGAAUUCAGACCCGAGCGUGUUCUCGGCGAGAAGUGGGAUAACCUCCCCGCGGCUGCAAAGAAGGGCUUUGGUAACGGCAAGCGUGAAUGUUACGGCAAGACCUGGGCCUGGCAGUGGUCUUUCUUCACUCUGGCUAGUAUUAUCAAGGAGUGCUCGUUUGAAUUUGCUGAUAAGAACUACAAGUUGACUUCAAAUGGCGCUUUCAGUGUCAAGCCCCUGGAGUUUAACCUGCUUAUGAGCCCCCGCAAGAAGUAG